AUGGCCAUCAAGAACUCUCUCACUAAGGCCGCUUUUGCCGAAUUUAUCGCCACUGCCCUCUUCGUCUGGAUUGGCUGCGGAUCAGCCUUAGCCACAAACAAAUGGGGCAGCGUCACAUCUGGUGGUGACUUGUUGACUAUUGCCGUUGCCUUUGGUUUUGCAAUUUCUUUGCUGGCCUAUUCGAUUGGGCACAUCUCAGGUGGUCACAUUAACCCUGCCGUCUCCUUUGCUUUGUUAAUCUUGGGCGAAAUCGAUGCCAAGACCAUGGUGUGCUACAUACUGGCACAAUUUGGAGGUGCUGUAUCUGGCGCUUUAAUCUUGUGGGGCUGUGUCGCCAGUUUAACUCAAGCUUGUGACGAUUAUGACGAUCCCAGCAGUGUUCCAGUCUGUGCUGCCAGUGCCUUCCCUGGUGGGCGAGAUGGUUACGGUCCUCCCUUCAGACUAGGAGUCAAUAGCUUGGCACCGCGUGUUGAACUAGGAUCUGGAUUUCUGAUUGAGCUGAUGGGAACUUACUUGCUCGUGUUUACCGUUUGCAUGAGUGCAGUCCACAAGAAAUCUUCAGCUGGCAAUGCCGCACCAAUUGCCAUCGGUUGGGCUGUCAUGACGGCGCACAUUGUGAUGGUGCCUUUCACUGGAUGUGGGAUCAAUCCUGCAAGAAGUUUUGGACCAAUGGCCGCCAACUCCAUUGGCGGAGUCAACACAUGGAGCACUGGAUGGUGGAUCUUUUAUGUGGCGCCCUUCGUUGGCGCUGGUCUCGCUGCCAUGACCUACAGGCUUAUAUUUGCUGAAGAUGGGAAAGAAGAUGACGACGUGGAAAAGGAACUUAGCUCGCCCUUGACCGAAGACGAGGAAAGCCUUGCUGCUAGUAUCUUCAAUAGUGCUUUUGCUGAAGACGAGGAAGAGGACGACAAGACCAAGGAACGUAAAAUCCCAGAAUCUCACCGCGAAGUAUAG